UUGUAUCCAACUCAAUUGAAGCUUCACAACACCAAGUACACUUAUAUAUACCAGGUUUCUCUACCUACUCUCACGAAAAUCAACAUGUCUCUUCACUACCUCCCCCCCGUCAAGCCCUCGGCCAUCGCCCUCGGCACCGCCUUCAACCACGGCAUCGAGCUCGCCGUCCUCGCCCCCAUCUUUGGCCAGACCUACCAGCGCGCCAAGCUCUCCAACACCAAGGAGGAGUUUAUCCGCUCCAAGGAGGCUUCCGGCGCCGCCCUCGCCUGGGGCUCCUCGCUCAUCGGCUCCGCCCUGCAGAGUUAUGGUGUUGGUGCUCUGAUCAACGCUACCGGUACUCUUAGCUACAAGGGCGCUGCUUACCUGGGAUCUCUCAUCUUCUUUGCCACCUCUGCUCCUGGUUACAUCUCUCAGAUCUUUGUCGAGAAGCGACCUCUUGACACAGUCGGCGUCAGCCUGGCCACCAAGCUCAUCGAGACUCUGGGUCUGUCCGUCUUCUUGACCUGGUGGGGAACCCGAACCAACCCCUUUGAGUAA